CGUUUCAAUCGGCUCGACAGUACAGGAUUGCAGUGACACUUUUCCUCGGGGCGGCAAUCGAUCACGCUCCAAAGGAAAUGCUAAAUUUGCCCUCCUGCUGGAGUGCCACAGUGAUUAGAAGACACGUGCGAUGAUCGUCAACUAUGGAUUGAUCAUCCUCGAUCGUAUGUUGAAGUGGGAGGAAAAAACUGACCUGAAAAACUCGCACCAAAUAUUUGAAAAAUUUGAGGUGUGAAGCCAAGAAAUGGUAUGAGAGCGCGAGAGCAAAGGGAAAUCGGUGCAAAAGUCGGUGCCCAUAUAAUUUUAGAAUCGGCUCAGGCUCCAUUGGAGUGCGGAUCGUACGAAAUGACAACUGAUUUUCGCGUAUACUUGUACUCUUGGGUGCCGGACGAGCUGUUCGUGUUAAUUAAUUGCUGGUGAUGCAUUGUGAUUCAAGUGAUAUAGAAUAUUUCCCCGAUGGUGACGUCAGGCAGUUUCAAACAACAAUAAUUAGUGUCAAUUAUAAAUGGACGAAUUUGAGUUCAAACCUGGGUGCUAAAUUAAGCUGAGAAAAUAAUCCAAUUGCUACAAUAACACUCACAUGUGGAAAAUUGCGGUAUUUAUUCAGCCAACGCAACUCAUUUUCCGUGUCAAACUCGUGUUUCUCAUUAUGAACCGUGAACCUUGUGUAGUGGUCGAGUAACUCAAGGGACCCAAAUCGAUAACGUUCAGUGUAGUUGGAGUGAUUUUCUGAUUCUCUCAGAAAACGGAGAUCGUGAGAACGAGCGAUCGAGUUUUACCCAAGUGGGGUCAGUUCUGUGGUGGGUGAGAGUCCACACAGACACCCAGCGGAAUUAGGAGCGUCUGCUGAAAAUCGGUCCUCCCCGCCGAAUAGACAAAGGGAGAGCUGUGGCCAAAAAACAGCGCAGUGCUUCGAUGAGAUACGAGACAACCGCGAUUUGCCGCGGCUGAGCAGAAUUUCAAUCCGUAAUACAGACGCCGAGAGAGUGAACCACAAAUGAGACAAUGGCAGGACCCUCAUCAUCUUCCGCUAGAAAAACCAACGGGAACAUUCACAAGAUUCGCGAGUUCGAACUUGACAAGGUCACACUAUCCGAUGAGUUUGAUAUCCUGCAGAUCGUGGGCGAGGGAUGGUUCGGGAAGAUUCUGCUGGUUGAGCAUCGUGCCACCGACACUGAGAUGGUGCUGAAGUUGCUGCCGAAGCCCUUCGUCUCGCUGACGGAUUUCUACAAGGAAUUCCACUUCAGCCAUCACCUAGGGCACCACAAGAACAUCGUGACCACAUACGAUGUUGCGUUCGAGACGGCCGGUUUCUACGUGUUCACCCAGGAGUAUGCCCCGUUGGGCGAUUUAACAUCAAAUGUUUCGGACAGUGGAAUUGGCGAAUUGCAUACGAAACGUGUAGCGCGGCAGCUGGCUUCUGCCGUGGAUUAUAUGCAUCAGAGGGAACUCAUCCACCGGGACAUUAAGCUGGACAACGUGUUGGUGUUUCGUUCAGAUUUUGCGCGCAUUAAAUUGUGCGACUUCGGUGAGUCGCGUCCAAUCGGAGAGGAGGUGUUGCGCCGAAACGAAUGGCUACCAUACAGUCCACCGGAGGUACUGAAGGUGAAAACUGAUGAUAAAUACAAGACUGAAACUGCGCACGAUGUUUGGCAAUUUGGUAUUGUAUGUUUCGUAUGCUUGACGGGUUGUUUGCCGUGGCAGAAGGCCUCCGUGGAUGAUCCGAGAUUCAACAGAUAUCAACAAUGGCACAAUGCAACAUUUCCAAUGAAACGCACUCCGAAGCUGUUCAAGCUGCUGUCGGCGAGAGCGUGCAAAAUUUUCAAGAAAUUCCUCGAUCCUCGUCCGGAACGAAGGCUAAAGACAUUGAGCGAUGUCCAGAAGUAUUUGGACGACCGAUGGCUCGGGAAAAGUGCUGAGAAGGAAAUGGCCGACAACGAGCCGGAUGAGCUAUGUCCCUCGAUGUAUUCCUUCCAUAGUAGUGUCGAUGAGAAAAACCGACUGCUGUCUACGUUGGCACAGUGCGGCAUUGAAACGACGGUGGAUCGCAUGGCGAAGAAAAACCGCAUUCGGGACUGGAUACAGUCCUCGGUAAUCGUAGAGGAGGAGGAAGAAGACGAUUCGGGUACAGCUACUCCAACAUCGUCUGUUUCUCGAACGGCCAUUCCAGGGCAUGUGUCAUCGGUAGCAGCAAUGGAACGUGAAGAGAAGAAGAUUAACUCAACAGUUAAGGAUGCAUCCCAAAAGCAUAUCGAUCCACGCACCGGAACCAUUCAACUGAGCCCAAGCACAAUGGGUUCGGUGAAUGUAGCUCAAGCUGAAAAACAAAACAACGUUCGGACCAAUUACAAAACAUCUGCCAACCAGCGUUCCGACAAGGAGAACGGCAAGUUUGAAUCAACACGAUUCUACGACGAAUCGGUUCCGGUUAACCCAAUGAUCACAACCAACAAGGCGUCAGCUGCACAAGGACUUGUGAAAGCGUUUAACUCGGUGGCUGCAGUCUCUGUACCGGAAGCAAACAAGAAUUCGCCGCCAUCGAAAUACCAAGAACGCGCCGUGCGUGACAGUGGUUAUGCUGGGUCUAAUGGAAACAAUCAACGAUUAACUGCCCUUCCCAAACGUUCUGCAAUGAUCAAAUCAAACAACAAAACACACGAGGAGGAUCAUAUGGAAGAGGAGGAUCGAGAAUUUAUGGAUGAUAUCGACGAUUUCACCGAGAAGCGGGAACCCAAUGGUCACAUUGGCCAGACGGGCGGCGGAAGAAAGCUUGACAAAGACAGUCCGUACGAUAAGAUAUUCUUUAGGCGGAAGUGAAGCCUUUCGGAAGACCGUUUCUAGUGCUAUUUAGAGUUACCCGCGUGCACCGUGUGACCGCACCUUGUUUCUACGUUUAAACAGAAAAAUGAAGACAUUUUGAUUGUGUUCUUACUUUGGAUCUUUCGCACCGAUGUUCGUCACGCGAACUGUGUUUGCUUUUCGAAGGGCACUUUUGGCACAUGAUUUUAUACUGCGUUAAACUGGGAGGAUCUAUCCUCUACUGUGAAUCUUUCCUAAUUUUGAUGCAUUACAAAUGUUGUAAUACUGUACGAAAGAAGAAAAUACAAAUAAACU